CAGGCUGAGCUGAUUCCACGUGUGACGCUUGCAUUCCCAGCUCAGUGAUAUUUUCUUUAGCGGGCUUCGGUGUAGCCUUGUGCGUCUUCGUUAGUUACUGGCUAUAGUUGGGUUAGCUAUGGAGGGAGACGGGAGCCAAGCCACAUCUGGAGGAAACCCUAAUGAUUCUCAACAUGACCCGGGUAAAAUGUUUAUCGGUGGCCUCAGCUGGCAAACUUCGCCAGACAGCCUUAGAGACUAUUUUACUAAAUUCGGGGAAAUCAGAGAAUGUAUGGUGAUGAGAGAUCCAACGACAAAACGCUCCAGGGGCUUCGGAUUCGUUACUUACGUUGAUGCUGCCAGUGUAGAUAACGUCUUAGCUCAGCAACACCAUGAAUUAGACUCAAAAACGAUCGAUCCAAAAGUUGCCUUCCCUAGACGUGCUCAGCCCAAGAUGGUCACAAGAACAAAGAAAAUAUUCGUAGGAGGAUUAUCAGCGAACACAGUAGUUGAAGAUGUGAAGCAGUAUUUUGAACAGUUUGGCAAGGUGGAGGACGCCAUGCUUAUGUUUGACAAAACGACUAACAGACACAGAGGUUUCGGCUUUGUAACUUUCGAGGUUGAGGACGUUGUGGAGAAAGUAUGCGAGAUCCACUUUCAUGAAAUCAAUAAUAAAAUGGUAGAAUGCAAGAAGGCUCAGCCCAAGGAGGUGAUGUUCCCUCCAGGUACGCGAGGCAGGGCCAGGGGCCUGCCCUACACCAUGGAUGCCUUCAUGCUGGGGAUGGGAAUGCUGAGUUACCCAAACAUUGUAGCAACAUAUGGCCGUGGAUACACUGGUUUUGCCCCGAGCUACAGCUACCAAUUCCCUGGCUUCCCAGCGACGGCGUACGGACCGGUGGCAGCGGCGGCAGUGGCGGCAGUGCGUGGCUCAGGUAGGGGGGCCCGUGGAAGAGGUGGCUACAUGGCAUACCAGCAGAACGCAGGGGCAGGGUUCCCAGAUUAUGGGUUCUAUUCCGGGGCCGGGCCCAGUGACCUGCGGGGGCCGCCCUGCUCCUUUGCCGACUUUGGCUCCCUGGGGCCCCAUGCUGCUCAGAUGCUGCAGCACAGUGAGCAUCAUGCCACCUCCGCCUGCAACUCCCCCCUCCAGCACCACCUGCAGCACAGCCCGGACCACUUUAAGAGCCCAGGCACCAACCAGGCCAGGCCCGGAGCCUUCCCCGGCACCAACAGUCCCGGGCCCGUGGCUGACGUCUAUGGCACUCCCAGCCAGGACUCCGGUGUGGGCAACUACAUUAGUGCUGCUAGCCCACAGCCUGGCUCUGGCUUCGGCCACAGCAUUGCUGGGCCGUUGAUUGCAACCGCUUUUACAAAUGGAUACCAUUGAAACCUAACAGGUGGUUGGUUGCCAUCUCAUUUGAGCAGAGUAUUUCAGGAGGCCCGGGGAAGACCGGGCGGAGUUUUUAACUGGCUAUGUGAACAGGUGAUGCCAUCCAACGCCAAGCACUACAGCAUCAACAGACAGGAGGAGAGUGGAGGCGGCACCACGUGAAGAAGA